CAGCAAAACCUGAGCAAAACCAAAACUGCUUGAGAUCCAGCUGGUGAUUCAUUCUUCGGUUUGUGCUAGAAGCGUCUGGAAGUGACAUUUUGUGUUCUGACUUGACAAGCUUCUGAAUUCGAAUUUGCCCGAUCAUCGAAAAAGUGGAGUCAUUGCUUACGGACCAGUUCGUACACUUGUGAAAUCUGCGUGUAUAAAAAGUGGACCAUCUAAUCCGAAGGUAUUCACUCGAAAAUUGUUGUCCAUUUGUGUCGGUCGGAAAAAAAAUCAUAGUUUUGUCCUACUAAGCUCGAUUAUUUUGGAAAGUGUGAUCAAAGUGUUGAUACCCAGAUAAAACAGUGCCAAGGUCUGCUCGACAUAUUUGAUAAAAAUUUAAGUUCUGGUUAACAAACAGUGCAUUAGAAAGUGAUUCAGGAAAAUUUGCGACAGCAAGAAAAACAAAAUGGUGUUCCCAAAAGCAAUGAAAGUGACAGUCCUCCGGGAGUCCGGGGAAAAAGACAAUUUCCUGCUGACCACCGAUCGGCAUAGGGAGAUCUGCCACCAUUUCGACAAUCUGAAGAACGAGGUUGUGGUCCGCUAUCCGGAGUUGCUGCAGUACGAGGAAAUCAAGUUCGUCUGGAUUGAUGACGAAGGCGACGAGAUCAUAAUCCUUAACCAUGCCGACUACUAUGACUACAUGGACGCCUGGAGACCAAGUCAGGAAAAGCGGCGAAUCUAUGUCAGAGGUGCGAACAAGAUACCCCAACCAAAGCAAACUUCCGAGCAGCAAUCAACGGACGCACCGAUGGAAUAUGCUUCCGCGGUUCCCAGAACCGAAUCAGCUGCCCCCAGGGUUGAGUUCGCCUCUCCACCAUCAUGCACGGAUGCGGAAGACCUACCGCUUCAUAGCAACAUCGUUUGUGAUGUGUGUGACGAAACGAUCCGCGGCCAUCGGUACAAGUGUUUGCAGUGCUUCAACUACGAUCUGUGCAUGCGCUGCGAGAAUCGAAUGCGCCACAAGGACCAUCUAAUGGUCCGCAUUCCGACGCCGGAGGUCAACCGCCGAUCGCCGUUCCGGCUGUUCGACAAACUUCGUAGCUACGCAGCGGAGGUGGGGGCCCACUCUGGUUUUGCGGCUGCUAACGAUUUCCGCGACGAGGACUACGAAAACUCGAAACGAUCCAAGCGGCAUCAUCGCCGUCACAGCAAGGAGCGUGAUGACUCCAAAGAAUGCCGUGAGGAAAAGGAACGCAAAGAACGCAAACAGCGCCGUGAACGUUGCGCCAAAUCGUCCGAGGAGCGUCGUAGCGGCGGCCACCGUCAUCGUUUCGGACAUGGAUUCAACUUUUCUCAUCUGAUCAAUCAGGUUAUCGAUCCGGCCAACAUUCAGUCAGCUUUCAUAUCGGCAGAUGCUGCGGCUGCUGCUGCCGCCGCCGCUGCCGAAUCCGCCGAGGAGGCCGUCAGAGCGAGCAUGGUCCACUGUCCUAUGUUUGCUACUGCUUCAACUUCUGCCUCUACUUCUGCUUCUGCUUCAACUUCUGCCUCUACUUCGGCUUCGGCACCGACAUCUGCUCCACCACAGGAGGAAGCCAACCCAACCUUGUCUACUACAGAAAACCCUCAAGAGCCAGCUCCGUCUCCUCCGACAGCCGAAUCACCACAGCCAAAAUCUUCCACCCCGUCAAACAACACUUCACCAAGUACACCAAAACAGAUUCCGGACAUGAUCGACCUAUCCUGGUUAGCGCCGACGCCUGAAAGCAUUCAGAGAAUUAAUCAAACAUUCUCCAGAAUAUUGGAUCCUCUGGGAAUGAACAUCGAAAUCCGUUCCAACGGUUCUCCAAAGCCGGCCCAAACCCAGACCCCACCCGAAGAAAAGAAAGACAAAACGACGGAGACGGCCAAUACGCCCACCACCAGCACUCCCAGCCAAACACCACCGGGUGGGGCCGGGACCAGCAGUAAGGCAACUGAGUCUAUCGCAGAACAAGAGAAGGAAGACCCCGUCGUAGAGCUGGAGCAAAAAAUGAAGGCCGUUAUCGUGAAUCGUCCUGCGGCAAAGCAUAUUAAAAAUGAGGCCGACGCCACUUUGGAUAGCAGUGAUGAGGAAGAUUGUUCUACGGAUAGCAGCGUCUCGUUGUUGAGCGACAAUGACGAUUUUAUGGCAGCCGUUGAAAAAGCUGAGAAGAGAUGGACCAUGUUAGAUAUUCCCCUUGAAGGGUCUCAUGAAGCGUCGCAGUCAUCACUCAUAACUGUUGGGGAAGUGGCAACGGAAAUUGCUAAGAUUAUCGUACCGGAACCUGCUGCGGUAAAGGUACCAGAACCUGCUAUCGCAUCCACGUCAUCAAUGCCAGCUACUCCGGCAGCAACUGCAACCGGAAGCUACCCGGAAGCCGGUUCCGCAUCUUCUGCCAACAGUGGCAGUACCUCGAAACCAAUCGACUAUGAGCAGUUGGGUAAAGCAUUGAAGCAACAUCUGGAAGCCGAGCAACAAGCAGCUUCUGCUAACAAACAGCCCCCCAGUCCACCCACUCCGGCUGUGGCUCCGAAGGAAGCAACACCACCACCACCAGCACCAGCAGCCUCUGUUCCUGCUGCUCAACCCGCGGUGAAUGUUGUCUUCAGUCGCAGGCCUCACGUCAACCAUGCCGUUCAUGCAAUGAUGUCCAUGGGCUUCAGCAAUGAGGGAGGAUGGCUUACCCAACUGCUGGAUUCAGUCAAUGGGGACAUCCCGAAGGCCUUGGAUCUCUUGACGCCGCAUAAGAUGAACCCUUAAAGUUUUUCGGCUGAUGAAGUAAUUCGAUAUUUUUUACAUGCAAGUGAUACAAAUAUUCAAAUAUUUUACGAGUUACGUAUGUUUAGCUGAACGUAGGGGAACGACAAUUGGUAGCGUGCUAACAAUUUUGACAAACACAAUUUACCACACUAAACUAUGUGGUACAUAUAUUAAUUCAAAAAAAAGGUGAUAGUAUAUAGAACGUAAUUUUAUAAGCAAACAAAUAUUGUAUUUGUGUUUUAAGUACCUAACCUAUGAAUAAGAGGUAGUAUGGCCUACACCUUGUUGUGGUAUUGUAUUUCUAUUGCUGUCAAGUAGAUUUUUGUCAAAGGGGUAGCUCAGUUAUAGAAGAAUCCUGUGAAGAAUACGAAUGUCUAUUGAAAUCAUAUCUUCGUGCUGGUAAUAGGAAUGAAUAUCACCAAGCCAAAUAUCCUUUGUCUUAGUUUUUUUUUCAAUUUAUUUUUAUGAUGCAAGUCGUUUAUAUAAAUUCUUUUCUCUGUAGUCUGGCCCUAUAUUUCUAAUACGAGAAAUCACAUAUAUUAUAUUUAUGUAUGCAGCUAUUUGACAUGUUUAUCAUAAAAAAGAUCAAAUAA